UCCACAUUCAUCAAAACGACAUUUCUUUGGUCGUUUUAUCUGGUCAGAAAUGCUUCGAAUUCUCAAAGGUGCCACCGUUCCGCCACCCUGCUAUGACCAGCCAAAAGCAGAGACUAAGAGCCUCGGCGACGAAAACCACGACGACAAUCCGAUCAAAGACGCCGCCAUGGAACACUCGCUUGAGAGAACUAGCAAAUCAGUGUCUUUUCACUCAAGCACUGUCUCUUUUCCGUCAAAUGCUCCGUUCUGGUUCCGCCCCAAAUGGCUUCACUUUCCCUUUCGUUCUCAAGUCCUGUGCUUCCCUUUCGCUUCGUUUCGCGGGUGCAGCUUGGUUAACGAUGCAGAAUGAAGAAAAUGGGUUUGUCGGCUAGCUCCAUUACAAUGCUGGGUCUGGUACCGGUGUGCACGGUUCCUCAGCAUUUGUGGCUUGGGAUGUGUCUUCAUGGCAAUUGUGUUAAGCUUGGACUGGAUCGUUACUUGUCAGUCGCAAAUUGCUUGCUUACAAUGUAUAUGAAAUGCGGGUCCGUUGAGCGCGGGAGGAGCUUGUUUGAUAGAUGCCUGAAAAGGCUUUGAUUACUUGGAACGCCGUGAUUUCUGGGUAUGCUCAGAAUGGUCUUGCUACUCAGUCUUGGAACUCUU